UUCCAUGUGAGAGAAUAACAGUGAAGUGGACGCGAAGUAAUCGACCUCAUCCUUAACCAAAUCUUCCACUACACCAUACUUGUCGUCUCCCACAACAUCUUCCUACUCUACUCAUAUAAAUUAAAUCCCCCCAUUACUACAUCGAUUGUGGCAAUUUAAUUCGCAGCAUUAUGGGGAGCAAUGGAGGUGAGCAUCAAAGAGGUGUUGGAGCUAUGGCGGAGAUCGAUACGAGUGCCCCAUUUGCGUCGGUGAAGGAAGCCAUCAUGCUCUUUGGAGAAAAGGUUUUGGUCGGUGAGAUCUAUGCAAACCGUCUUAAUCAGUUUCACGCCAGUACAGCAAGCAAGAACGAUCACGAACGCACGCGUCUGACCUCAGUAAUAGCGGAAUUAGAAGAGGCAAAGCAUAAAUUAGAUAAGGCUAAUGAAGAGCGUUCCCAAUUGAAGUGUUACCUCUCCUCGCUUCACGCAGAACUCGAGAACACAAAAUUAGAGCUUGCGCAACUUAAAGCUGAAGAUGAUCAUGAGAAGAGGAUCAAAGACAUCGAGGUGGAGAUCGAGGUGGAGAACGUCAACAAUCACUCGGUGGAGUUUCAGAAGAGGAGGUGCGUUACAUUUGCCGAUCCGCCGGUGGUUCUAGAGGAACAAGUGUUGCUGGAGAGGCAAGGCUCGGUGAUGAAGAAGAAGAACAAGAAGAAGAAGCAGCAGCUGUUGCCUUUAAUUGCUGGACUCUUUGCAAAGAAGAAGGAACAACAAUAUGAUUAACGAAGAGGGGGGAAUAUGUGUUAAAAACUCGCUUCUUGAUAGAUUUAUUCGUUAUAUAAUGGCUUAGAUCAUGCUGUUCGAGAGAAAGGAAUCUUGUUCUUUGUUUUCUCAAUAACAAAUUGGACUCAAUCUAUUUGUCUGACUUCAGAUCUUCUCUUUGGUUACUGCAUGCACUAAUAAAAGCGUUUCAAAUUUGACAAA